CACAUUAGGCUACACAUGGAAGGGGCCCUAACUGCCCGUGACAAAGUCGGGGUUCAGGACUUUGUGCUUUUGGACUCGUACACCAGUGAAUCCGCAUUUUUGGAUAAUCUCCGCAAGCGCUACAGAGAGAACCUCAUCUACACAUACAUCGGGACCCUCCUUGUCUCGGUGAAUCCCUACCAGGAGCUGGGCAUCUACACGAUUAAGCAGAUGGAGCUGUACCAAGGGGUGAAUUUCUUUGAACUGCCACCACAUGUCUAUGCCAUAGCAGAUAAUGCGUACCGUAUGAUGUGCUCAGAGCUCAACAAUCACUUCAUCCUGAUCUCUGGGGAGAGUGGCGCUGGCAAAACGGAGGCAUCCAAGAAGAUUCUCCAGUACCUGGCAGUGACUUGCCCAAUGACAGAGUCGCUACAAAUAGCCCGAGAUAGAUUAUUGCUCUCCAAUCCGGUCCUGGAGGACUUCACCCGAAAGACCGUGAUUGGGUUGCUUGACAUCUACGGAUUUGAAGUCUUUGAUAAGAAUGGUUUUGAACAGUUCUGUAUAAAUUACUGCAAUGAGAAACUUCAGCAGCUGCUAAUAGAGAUGACCCUGAAAGCAGAGCAAAUGGAGUAUGAGCUGGAAGGCAUCGAGUGGGAGCCGAUACAGUACUUCAAUAACAAGAUUAUAUGUGACUUGGUAGAAGAGAAACACAAAGGAAUUAUUUCCAUUCUGGAUGAAGAAUGCCUCCGGCCUGGCACUCCUACAGACCUGAGUUUCUUGGAAAAAUUGGAAGAGAAAGUAGGGAAACACGCUCACUUUCAGACCCGCAAGCUUGCAAGUCCAAAGGCUAGAAAAAAGAUCAGUUGGAUGGAAUUCCGGCUUCUUCACUAUGCAGGAGAGGUCACCUACUGUGCACGGGGAUUCUUAGAAAAAAACAACGAUCUCCUCUACCGACAUCUCAAAAAGGUGCUGUGUGGGUCUAAAAAUGGCAUUAUUAAAGAGUGCUUUCUUGUGGAAGAAUUAGAAAACAGGAAAAGACCUGUAACGGUUGGAACUCAGUUCAAGAACAGUGUAGCCAACCUAAUUGACAUCCUGAUGUCCAAGGAACCUUCUUACAUUCGCUGCAUCAAACCCAACGAGAGAAAAGAACCGAGUAAAUUUGAUGACUUCCUCAUAAGACAUCAGAUCAAGUACUUGGGCCUGAUGGAGCACCUCCGAGUCCGACGGGCUGGCUUUGCGUACAGGCGGAAAUACGAGCAUUUCUUGCAAAGGUACAAAUCCUUGUGCCCAGACACUUGGCCCCACUGGCAUGGCUCUCCAUCAGAGGGGGUGAAGAAGCUCGUCAGAUACAUUGGCUACAAACCUGACGAGUACAAGUUAGGGAGAACCAAGAUAUUCAUACGUUUCCCCAGAACUCUGUUUGCCACCGAAGAUGCUUUUGAGUUUAGCAAACAUCAGCUGGUUGCAAAAAUCCAAAGCACGUACAAAGGCUGCAGAGAGAGGAGAGCAUACCUGGAAAAGAGGCAAGCAGCCAUUACCCUUGAAGCCUACUGGAGAGGCGCCCUGGCUCGGAAGGAGAUCCAAAGGAGAAAAUGGGCCAUUCAGAUCAUCCGAAAGUUCAUAAGAGGGUUCAUCAAUCGAAAUAAGACUCUUUCUUCAGAAAAUGAAGACUAUAUUAUCUUUGUGCGGAAGAAUUACAUCUUGAACCUGAGGAAUCACAUUCCCCAAAAUGUGUUGGACAAGAGUUGGUUGAAGCCUCCCGCCAUCUUGGAAGAUACUUCUGAGAUGCUGAAGAAAAUCUGCACAAGGAACCUGGUGCGGCAGUACUGUCGGGAGGUGACGCCGCAGAGGAAAGCGCAGGGGCAAGUGCGCCUGCUGCCCUCUGCAAAGGGCCGGAGGAGCCUCCUGGGCCUUUCCAUUUGGAAGGCCGGCACUGCAGGUGCUACUGAAAACUUACAUGAAUGUCCAACUCCCUGGGAAUUAAGAACUUUGGGUUCGAACCCUGGCUCUGCCACCAUCUCCCUGGGACGUUGGGCAGUCGCUCCAUCCUCCUGGACCUCUGAGCUCUCCCUUUCUGCCUCCCUCCCGCCUCCUCAGUAUGGCACGCCGGUGGUGAAAUACGACCGCAAUGGAUUCAAGGCGAGGCCGCGGCAACUGAUCCUCACCGAGAAAGCGCUGUACGUGGUGGAACUUGCAAAAAUUAAGCAGAGGAUAGAAUAUGAAGCCUUGAACGGUGUUUCCACCAGCAAUCUGAGCGAUGGAAUCUUUGUCGUUCAUGUGUCACCGGGGGAUAUCAAACAGAAGGGUGAUAUAAUUUUACUGUGUGAACAUAUCUUUGAAACAGUGACUAAACUCUCCAUGAUGGUCAAGAAAGAGGACUUUGUCAAGGUUGUCCAAGGAAGUUUACAAUUUUACAUCAGUUUGGGAAAAGAAGGCACCAUAAUUUUCAAUACUGGACAGGAAGAGCAGAUCUAUAAAGACAAAAAUGGACAGCUCACAGUGGUGAGUGACGAUGUCUGGGGAAGGGGAAGUGUCGGUCCAGAUGAAGUCCUGACCUGGGAGAUGCCCGACCACCACCGUCCUGGCUCUCGGAGGGGAAAGCAGACCCGAAGCCUCCUGCCCCACAAAUCGAGUUCCGACGUGACGCACAGAGCUGCCACGAGGACGCGGGCAUCGCAGAGGAGUUUCGCACCCAACGCCCGUCUCCUCUUUGGAGAGGGGACGCCACGUUUCUCCAGCGUUCGAGGCAGGCCCGUCCCCUCUAGCUAG